AUGCAGCAUUUUUCGCGUAACAUUAUGAGCUCGUCUAUUCUUGAAGCCUCCACAAAUGCCAAGGAGACUGUGCCCAAGGGACUGCACCCAAGUAAUUCCAGCUGUCAGAAAAUGAAAUUCUUCAUCGUCUUCGUCGCUCUCAUCGCCUCCGCCUCGGGUUGCUUCAACUUGUUCGGCGGUGGUGGAUGUGGAUGCCCCCCACCAUGCCCACCACCUUGCCCACCACCUUGCCCACCACCUUGCCCACCACCAUGUCCACCACCGUGCCCACCCCCGUGUCCACCACCUUGCCCACCACCGGCCCCAAGCUGUUCCCCAGCCCCAGCUCCUUCAUGCGGUGGUGGAUGUGGUGGAAAA